ACACUAUGCAGGUAUUUGCCGCAAUUGUAGGACAAAGUACAAAGGGAACUUGGCCAGUUAUCAACCAUGGAAAACAAUGGCAAUAUCUGAAGAUGAGAAUGAUGAUGAUGUGUGUAUGGUCCCUUAUGUCAGCUCACAACUCUCAAUGGAUCAGAUGUCGCUUACUGAAGUGGAGGAGGACAAAUGUGUGAAAGCUACCCAGAACUCACAACUCUCCACAGAACAGGCCACAACAGCAAGCCAGUCAUCACAAUAUUCUUCAUGGAGUGAGGAAAACCAAAACACACUUGGGGUUGUUAAUUCAGCGUUAUCAUCGUUGUCAAAUGGGGAAAUAAGUCCAAUUAAGUUCCAACUUCAAAGUCAGGUCAGUGAGCUGGGAAAAAGUUCAAAGAGGUAUUUUAAAAGAAAGGCAACAGAGACUGUUGAAACAGUCUUAAAUGCAAUUGCCCCUGGACAAGCAAAUGACCUCCUUAAUUUGGUUACUCCUACUAGUUCAUUGCUUAUCACUGAUCAAUUGGACAAAGUUAAUUCGGAACUUUUAAACACUAUUAUCAAACUUUAUCAGGAGACCGAAAACAACACUGUAAAAUGCCAACUUUUAUCCCUUGUGUCAAGAUCCAUGUCAAAAUCUGAGCUUAUAAGGUGUAUUCCUGGAUUGACAUAUUAUAAGAUUGACCAGGCAAGGCUACACUCUACCUUAUAUGGACCUGGAAAAAUGCAGAAGAAACUGACAAAACAGAAAAGACAAAGAAUGGAUCCUGCUAAACUAGAGCAUGCACUUAAUUUCUUUUGGAAUCCAACACUACACCAGGUUGUUUCAUAUGGAACAAGGAAUGUCAAACUAGAGUCUGGUGAAACUAUCACAAUUCCUGAUGUUGUUCGGACAGCAUGCCACUCCGCUAUAAUUAAAAUGUAUACCACAUACUGUGUUGAAACAGGCUUUGAACCACUUUCAAAUGCUACACUUUAUAAAAUUUUGAAUGCAUGUGCUGCAUCAAAACGCAAAAGUUUGAAGGGGCUGGACAACAUUACAGCAGAUGGUCAUGAUGCCAUUGACAGUAUAAUCCAUUUGGUUGAACAGCUGGAAUUAAAAGGACAGAUUACAAAGGAGAUGACAAAAAACUUUAUUUCAAAACUAACUGCCAGCAAAGUGUAUCUGAAAACUGAUUUUAAGGUGCAUGUAACCCAAUCGUCCAGUUGUGCUGACCACUGUAUUGCAUAUGCCUUAAGUGAUCCUUUGGAUGCUUCAUUCAAAAACACAUGCAACCAUCAGCACCAAUUGGAAUGUGACCAUUGUCAACUUUUCAAAGAACAUCAGUUGAAGCCUGGAAAGCUCACAUAG